UCCACCAGGAGCGACACUGGAGAGCAGCAACUGGUUCGCUCGCCUCGCCGGUGCUGCUGCUGCUGCUGCUGCUGCAACACCUACAACAGACAGGAGAACCGGCUGACCAACCCAAUUCAAGUCUGGUGGAAUAACGCUGCAUUGAGCUGCCUUCAAACAUUUGUAAAGGCUUUACUCUGUACUUUGAGAGAAGAGCUUCCUCGCCAAUGGCAAGUCCGGUUGCAGACAUAGGACAGUCUCAUCAGCAUCACCCUGUGAGCGAGGCGGCCGCAGACUCCGCGUUUCAGGAGGCGCAGACAUGGAUAGAGGCUGUGACAGGAAGAUGUUUUGGUGACAAGGACUUCAGAGGCGGUUUGGAGAAUGGGAUACUGCUGUGCGAGUUGCUGAGCUCCAUUAAACCCAGCCUGGUAAAGAAAAUUAACAGACUUCCUACACCCAUCGCUGGCCUGGACAACCUGAGUGGGUUUCUUCGAGGCUGUGAGGAGCUGGGACUGAAAGGCUCCCAGCUGUUUGACCCUGGAGACCUGCAGGACACGUCCACACGCCCCACUGCCAAGGGAAGUGACUGCGGCCGAAAACUCAAGAAUGUUCUGAUCACCAUCUACUGGUUGGGUCGUGCUGCCAACGGCUGUACCUCCUACAACGGUCCCACGCUGGACCUGAAAGAGUUUGACGGCCUGCUGUCACAGAUGAGAAAGGAGGCGGAGGAGGCAGAGAGCCCGAUCCGCAGCAUCCGGGACAGCGGCUACAUCGACUGCUGGGACUCUGAGCGCAGCGACUCCCUCUCCCCGCCGCGCCACGGCCGCGAGGACUCCUUCGACAGUCUGGACUCCUUCGGCUCACGCUCACGACAAACCCCGUCGCCGGACGUCCUGGUCCCCCGCGGCAGCAGCGAUGGCCGCGGCAGUGACUCAGAGUCCGACGGCCCUCCCCACAGGAAGAUUCCAGACGUGCGCAAGGACGACAUGUCGACGCGGCGGACGUCCGUCAGCGAGCCGCGCACUGCCAUGCCCUUCAACCAGUACCUGCCCAACAAGAGCAACCAGAGCGGAUACGUGCCCACGCCUCUCCGCAAGAAGAAGAACGACAAAGAGGAGGGGGCGCGCAAGAGCUGGAGUACUGCCACCUCACCUGUAGGGGGAGACAGGCCGUUCAGUCCAAAUGAAGCCCCUAGUUUAGAGGAUAGACCCGGAGAGUCCCCCUGCCCGACCCUGGACCCCCAGAUACAUAUUCAGAAGGCCAAGCAGACUGAAAAGGACGAGGAUGAAGGGGAGCAGACUGCUUCCACUCCUCGUGUUCAGAUCCAUGUGAGGAGGAGCAGUGAGCCUCUGCCCUAUAGCCUCCCCCCGCCCCGAGCAGAGCCUCGCAGGGACACUGGGCCUCACCUGAUGGUCUCCUCUGAGCAAAGUACUCCAGCUCGCUCGUGCUCUGAGGAGUUCUUCCACCAUUCGACAACUCUGGCAGCCAAAUCUGCUGCAGCGAGCCCCGCCAUCGCCACCGGGAAACAUCCACCUGUGACCGAGCCGGAGGAAGCGGCUGUGAGGAAGGGAGCCACUGGUGUCCCGUUGGCCGCAGAUGCAGAGCGGGAUCAGGGCCAGAAACAGGCCGGCCAAUCGCUGAACUCUCCCAAAAACAUCAACACCGCCAAUCCCCCGCACUUCCUUCCUGUGCCCGCUGCCGUGGCAACUGCAACAACCGAUACAGGCCGGCGGAAGGAAAGGGCGCUGAGCGAGAGUGGCGACCCAAAAGAAGGAAGCACUUGGUCGGAGAGCGAUCUUCCUGCAACAUUCAGCCGCACACACAGUGUGUCAGAGGACCCACAGAGUGUGAGUAUGAUCGACAUGCGAGGUGAGGAGGAGGCCAUGUUGCAGCCACACAGUCAGGUGCGCCAUGAACUGAUGCACAACCAGUACAACCAGAUGAAGGAAGAGGAUGACCACUGGCAGGAUGACCUGGCCCGAUGGAAAAAUCGGAGGAGGAGUAUUUCCCAGGACCUGAUCAAGAAGGAGGAGGAGAGGAAGAUGAUGGAGCGGUUGCUGUCAGGAGAAAUCUGUACCUCCCAUAGGAGGAAAAGCAUCAAGACCUACAGAGAGAUAGUGGAGGACAAGGAGCGCCGUGAGCUUGAGCUGCGGGAAGCGUACCGGAGAGCCAGAACUCCAGAAGAGGCGUCGGCCGUCCUCCAACACUACGCCCAGCGCUUCUCCAUCAGUGAAUCAGUCAUGGAGCGCCUACAGUUGCCAAAGAUCCUGGACCGCAGCAUAUCUGCCGAUCCCUCUUACCCCAACUCAUCCUUCCCCAUCUCAGUCUCCCCAACGACCCCAGACCCCUUUGACGUUGACCCAAACGGGCCCCUGAGGUAUCUACGGCAGCAGUCGGCCCCGGCUCCAAAGUUCACGUCUACACUGGAGGCGCGAGUGGAGGAGUUUCCCAAAGACCCCUCGCACCAGCGGCCUCAGAUUCGCUCUCGCUCCUCUGAGCCGCCGUCCAACAGAAACCUGUCGCCCAAACCGGUGCCUUUGCUGACACCCAAGCCUUACUUCCAGCCCAGACCCUUAGCGGGGGAACCAUGGCCCAGCAAGGCUGAUGGUUUGCUCCGGGUUAACGGCGACAUAGCAAGUGACCAAGUUUUCCCCACGCCUGAGAGGCAGGGAAGGGAAUCUCCUCCUCAGUUCCAGGCCUCCCCUUCGAUAACCAGCAGCAGCACUGUAGAUGUUCCCUCGUCAGCAGCCUCACCUACCCGGGGAGAAAACCUUGUUGCAACAAAAGCCAGGGAGGAACAAAGGGGCUCAGAACCGGCUUCUAAGGAUGCACAAGAAGAGAGAAUCAUUGAGAAUUCGACACAACCAAGCCGGCCCACCUCGCUCCCAACGCAGCUGCAGAAGCCAGAAGGAAGCAUUGAGAAGACAGGAAGUCAGGAAGUAGCUGCUGCAGAGGAGGAGAACUCAAACACUGCAGCUCAACAAGCACCUCCUGCAGAAGCCAAACAAGAACAACAAACUGAACCAUCUGGCCAAAUCAUCUCUAACCUCGUCCCGACCGGGAUCAGCACACAGCAAAGUCAGCCAACUACUUCACAGACAACUGUGCCAUGUUCCCAGGAGGCGUCCCAGAGGAGAGGGAACGUGCCGAGCUUAGCUUCACCUGAAUCAUUUGAAUACCACCCGCCGAGGGAAACGGCCGCAGAGAUUGCAAACAGUGUCAGGUCUUCGCUGACAACCAGCAACCCUAAGUUACGCUGGGACUUCUUCGUUCCGCCAGAUGACAUGGAGAAGGAUCUGCGUGGAAACGUGUCAGUCCCGGGGUUGCCCCAGGCCAGGCGGGGGGACCGCUGGUCUUGGGACCCGGAUGAGGAGCGAAAGCGUCAGGAAAGGUGGCAGCAAGAGCAGGAGCGCAUGCUGCAGGAAAAGUACCGGCGCGAGCAGGAGAAGCUGAAGGAGGAGUGGGAGAAAGCACAGAGGGAGGUGGCAGAGGAGGGGAGGAAGUACCACGAGGAGGAGCGUAGGAUACUGGAGGAGACAGUGGCGCCUCUGACUCCCCGCUCCUCGACCCUGACCUCCCCAACGCGGGAGGUCUGUUCCACCUCGGAGCCUCAGGACACCAUCGUCCGCUCACUGGCCGACUGGGAGCGCAAACAAGAACUGCUGGACAGCCAGUUGAGGGGGAGCACUGAAAGUGUGGAAUGGAAACGGAGAGAAAACGACAGAACCAGUGACAUCAGCACUGCGGACGACAGCAUGAAAACAGGCAGGAGCCUGGUGAGUCAGAGCAGCAGUCAGGCAGACACCCUCGGUCACAGUCUGCAGAACGGCCAAAAACUUCCUGCGAUGACGACCAAAACCUCGGCUCCGGUGAGGAAACCAGAAGAGAGUCCGUCCGACAGCAACAAGCUCAGCAAGCCUGCAGGAGACAGGAGGAGUGCUCCCAUUGAUAAUCACAUGUGCCGCAGCUCAUCAAAACCCCCCGCAGCAUGCUCGCCACCUCCAGACACUCUGCCUCCAGCGCCCAACAGGUCGGUCAGUGGGAAGAAGCUGUGCUCCAGCUGUGGGCAGCCUUUAGGGAAGGGGGCGGCCAUGAUCAUAGAGACCCUCAGUCUGUACUUCCACAUCCAGUGCUUUAAGUGCGGGGUGUGUAAGGGACAGUUAGGCGACACGACCACGGGGACGGACGUCCGGAUCAAAAACGGCCUCCUCAACUGCCACCAGUGCUACAUCCGCUCCCGCUCGGCCGGACAGCCCACCACGUUGUGACUCUCAACAGAACAACACACACGGUUCAUGGAAGACACCCCAUCUCUGUUUUAAAACCAAUUAUCUACAAAUCAUGUCCUUCACAGCGUGUCGGGAUCUCUGCAUCCUCUGCAGCUCAAUAACCAACCAAGACUCAUCUGUGAGGGGGCAAACGGGGGAUCUGGGGGCAGUCUAACGUCUGAAAAAUAUAUAUAUAUCUUCUUCGUGUUUGUCAUCUGAUAUGUGAGUGGAAACAGGAUUUGAUUGGUCCGCGCACCACCACAGACUCUGUUUCAUCAUGCAGCAAGAAAAGAGACUGGGGCGGCGGCCAUGUUGGAAACACAAUGAGAUAAACAGAGGCUUCGAUCACAGGUAGGCUAUAAGGUCUACAGUGAACACGCAAUAAGAAACCAUGGUGUUCAAGUCUUUUCUUACCAAUCAUAAUCAUUUUUCCUAGCUGGAAAAAACAUUCAAUUCCAUAUGAUGGAAAUGCAGUAUAUCACAUAUUACUUAAACACACUUUAUUAUUUAGGAAUUCAUCAUUUGGAUAAAAACUCCCUUAAUUGGAAAGAAAACUGAAUAUGUGAUCAGGCAGCUUAGAUUGGAUUCUUUAUCACCAGACUGGAUCUGAAAUAUAUCACACCUUUUGUACUUGAGUACAGACACAUGUAGACAGUGCAGUAAUGGUCACUAUAAACACAUAUACCAUAUUGUCUGUUUCUUGACCCUCACAGUGACCUCUAAUGUCUCUGUUCUGCUCCUGAGUAAAUUAGCCUCUGAUAUAAACGCAUAUAAUGGACGUAGUUGCAUCUGUAGGGCAAUAACCGACCCGUGGGCUGUCUCUGUGCUUCUGGGUCAUAGCAGGUUGCUCCUCGGAAAGUCAGGACUUCAAUGUGCCUUAGGAAAGCAAGGUGAUGCAGGAGGGACAACACCAGCUGUAUGGUGUUUUAUUCCUCCCUGGUUUUCUUUUUUUUUUCGGUGUAGGGAGGGUUUUUGGCCAAAUUUGAACCCUUAAAUUGCAGACAGACGUGCUGCAGCCCUCCAGACAUCGUGCUUUACUUCAGUUGGUAAUAACUGCUUAUUUUACAUCAAAAACACCUUUAAUUUCAUAUUCCACCGCUCUGAUUCCUCAGUGAGUUGCAGUGCAAAGGAAUACAUUUGUUGUCUAUUUGGAAAUAUACAUACUGCAGGAGAGACUAUUGAUUUUGAAUGUUGUUUUAUUCUAGAGAGAGAGAUAGACUUCUGUAUGAUAUUGAGGUAAUUUUGAUAAUUGCUCAGUGGUAGGAUUCAUUUUAUUAAAAUUGCAGACACACAAGAAUCAGCAGUACAUGUUGCAUCUUUAGAGGUGAUAUGAACACAAACCAGCACCUGUGCAAUAUUUGGUUGGAUAAAAACUAAAGAUCUGUGCUGCCAGCUGGACAUUUUAAGUCAAUUGCUUCUUUCUUUUUUGGACUUGUAUGAGAGGAGCUCGGUUAAAUAUUAUGGAUGUAAAAAUAAAUGCACGUUUUAAGCCGAAAACCAAAUGAUUUGCUGUAUGAAAGCAAACUGAAGUGCGUCCUAUAGCCUCGCUUCUCCUCCGGGUUCCUCUCUCUGAUCUGCAGUAUUUUAAGCUUCUGUUCCGGUUUGUAUUUUAUUUUUUAUUCUCAUUUAGUUAACGAAAACAUCUGAGUCUCUUAUAGCGGGAUCUUUGAGACGGAGCUCAUUCAGACAGGAUAGUGUGGGAAUGAAAACCUUUACGUCUGUUCUGUAUUUAUUGUAAUAUUCACCUGAACACUAUCUGAAAUAUAGAUCCAUUUGAUGUUUAAAUGCAAUGGCAUUUAUAGCAUAAUGUAUGUUUAUAAAUAAAAUGUUAUAAAUUAAAA